UUGAGAUACGGGAGGUAAAUUGUCCUUCAUUGUUCAUUGUUCCGAGUGAAUGAUUUUUUCCUCGAAGCAAGGCCUCAUCAUCAUUCAAACUGUCCAAACUCUAUAGAGUUGCCCCGUAACUUGUCAGCGUUACUGGUGGCGUCGUAACUUGUCGGGAACUUUUUUCCUUUUUCAAAUAGCGUACAAUGAACGAUAGUGAAGUUGGCAGUGCAGGUGACGGUUACUGGCUUUUUGUGGAAGAAUACACCGCUGAAUAUGAGAAGUACUAUGUGGUUUUGAACGCCACAAUUGUAGUUCGACUUUUCUUGGCUUUUCUCGGCGUCAUCGCCAACUGUACUGUAUGUGGUGUUCUCCUCCGACAGAAAAGACUAAUAAAGAACUUUUCGAACUUCCACCUCUUCAAUCUUACGCUGACAGACAUCAUUUUUAGAGUGGUUCUCACGCCGUUGCAAAUUAUCAUUGAAAAUACUACUGUUGUACAUGGCAACAACGCAGUUUGCAAGCUUGGCGCGUUUUUCACCUACACCACAUUGGCCGUAACAUUCACAUUGCUUUUAGGGAUGGCUUUCGAUCGCUAUGUGCAUAUUGUUCAUCCUAUUAAAGCAAGGAACAUCACAUGGAAACACAGCCGAAAUGUCAUGGUAAUUUCGUGGCUGUACGCGGCAUUUUGUUCCUCGCCAAUCCUGUACAGUAUGAAGUACAGUAAAUUGGAUUGGAAUCUGACAGACAAGUCAUCAUACGAGAUAUGCCAUCCCAUGUUAGGCCUGCCUUUUCAAGUUUCCUCUGGUAUGUUUCUCGUGUUUGCAUUUUUAAUCCCUUUGGUUGUCAUGGCAGUGGCAUACGGCAAGGUUUUGAAAAGUCUCUGGCAGCACGCGCGAAGUAAAGUUAUAAAUUCGAAAAUAGCAGAAGCAAAGGUUCGUGCCAUGAAAAUGAUGGUCAUCAUUGUAUUAGCGUAUACCAUCAGCUGGGGUCCAAAACUGACUUGGCUUUGCCUUCAAGCUUUUGAAGUUAUUUCUUUGGAAUACGAUUAUUUCUGGGAAGGAGAUGAAAUGUCCUACGAUUCCCAAAUAGAAACGUUCAAAUAUUACAUAAAGUUACUUAUUAUUGACGAUAUGAUCGAUGUAAUUACGUUUACAAGUUCGAUUUUGAAUCCCCUAAUCUUUGGCUAUUAUAACAAGUCUUUUCGAGAAGAUCUAAAGAAAUGCUGUUGUGGAGGAAAUUGUUCAAAUAUUUUUCAAAACUGCCAGCGUAAGACAGAGAAGCAUAAACAAGUGGACAAGAAAAGUGUUGUCCGUUUGGGCGAAACAUUGAGAACUACUGAAACUGUCUUUGUGGAAGAAGAGGACACGAAAGCUGUUGAAUAUAAUUACGCGUUAGAAAACAGAGCAACAAUUACGGAAGAUUGUCAAGAGACGAAGUUGUAAAAUGCAAAAGAUAUUAAGUUAAGGACAGAUAUAAUUGUAGGUUUGCUUGAAGAACAUUCGCACGCAGACGAUCAGUGUUUGAGUUUACACUCGCCGCCGUCUGUUUAAGAAGCGCCGCAGGCCAGCCUUAAAUGACAUUUGUAUUUUAAUUGCAGUUGAAAUUUGCAUUAGUUAAAGCACUAGAUAGCGAACUUCACGCUAAAUAAUUGAAAAAUCGUGGGAUGCUGUUUAUUGUACAGUAAAAUAGUAAAAGAGUG